AUGUCUAACUUAUCAAAAUUCGGAUUGAAGACUUCCAACCCAGCGGGAAUUCUUACUACCAGUGCCGCUGAUUACCAAAUCAGUCAAGCAGUCCGUAUUCCAGCUGGUAAAACCACUGUGGAGACUUCUGGUCAAAUUGGUAUUGAUGAGGAGGGAAAACUCCCAGCUGACCUGAAGACUGAGAUCUUCAAUGCUUUUAAGAACGUGGACACCGUUCUCAAGAAUGCUGGUGUUGCUGACGGUUUCAAGUCUGUCUACCACGCUAUCAUCUACCAGACCAUCUUCACCGAGGAAUCUCAUGGAUACGUUGCUGAUGCUGCUAGCAUUUAUUUCGGUGAGGACAAGCCUACUUCCACCGGUGUGAAGGUUAUGGAGUUGUCAAUGGGAGCUCGCAUUGAGAUUGAAGUAAGGGCUGUUGCCGAAUAA